CACCAGGGGUUCAGAAUUCUGGCGUUGCGCCCACGGAAACCUUUAGUGCCAUGCAUAUCCCGCAAUUCUCUCUCUGUCCGUUCUCCUUUCCAUUUCCACCGCCGUUAUCCAUCCAGCCCAUCGCCCCCUGGCUCCUCGCGAUCUUCUUGCACAUAUAAGCAGGACCAAGAUGGCCUGCUCCUCUUCCACCUGUGGCGAUAGCACACUGCGCAUUUCGUUGCCUGCUUGGUUCAUGUGUUACUAGGCCAGGGCUUCAUGGGCGAGUUCCGUGUAGGCGGACGACGUCGAGGAGGUGAAGACGUUGUCCCCGGCGCCGCCGACGCCGAGUCGAUGGGGGCCAGCUCGGAUUCCGGCGCGUCCAGCGGAUCGCUGUGCUCGUCGAUCAUGUCGAGCCUGACAGACGACGACGCAGAGUCCUCCCCGGUGGCGGGUGAUCCUACGCCGUCGCCGCCGUCGGACACGAUGCAGCUGGACGGGGGAGGCGGCGGGCCUCUCUACGAGCUGUCGCCGCUGCUGGCGCACCUUCCCGUCAGGACAGGGCUGUCUAAGUAUUACAAAGGGAAGUCCCAGUCAUUCACUUCUCUUUCCGACGUCAAAUGCUUGCAAGAUCUCGCAAAGAAGACCACCGCCCACACCGGCAGGAAGGCGAGCCGUUCGUCGAUUUCACUUCACGUUCAAGGGCCUCACAGCAAGACGAUAGGGAAGAAGACACCGCCCAGGGGUUCAUCUGGCCGGCUGCCGUCAAGAGCAUGGAGCAGGGGCCUUCCGCACAGAAGCGGUAAACCGCCUGCGUACCAGAGCAAGAAAGAGCUGUGCAGCAGAGAUUUCUGCUAGCUAAAGGCAAUGCAAGGUUUUGUAACAUGGGGCGAGAUAAUGUUUCUGCUAGCUAAAGGCACCGGAGGAAGAAAGAGUACCCCCAAGAUUCCAUGUCUUCGUCUGCCAGUAGAGAUUUCUGCAACUGAAGCUCUUGGGAGCAUGUUUUGCUUCUAUUUUCAUCCGUGACCAAUAUUAGUGAUAACUGCAUAUGCUCGGUCUAAUGAUUCCGAGGACAAUUUGCUGAGACUGUACUGACAACACAAACCCAUUAUUGUAAUAAACAGAGUCUAUGUGACCCAGCACAAUGCAUAUUCAGACAUUUGGUUAGUUA